AUCAGUUCGGUACACUCACACGAGAGGAACGGUCAUAUUUACUCGUACUUUAUUUAUUUAAAUAAAUAAUAAAUAAAUCAAUGAACUCGAAUACGGCGAGUGAUAUUAUCGUGAAUUUUGGGUUGAAAAAGUGUUUUAAUUUUGUGAUAAAUAAUACCCUAUAGAUUAUUUAUUUCUUAAUAUUAUAAAGAUUAUUUAUAAAACAGUGGUGUUAAAAUAAAUGUUAUAGAAAAGUGCAAUCUCGUCUUAAAGAAGAUUUACUAAGAAGAGUGUGAACAUUGUUUGGAUAGAGAAGUUUAUUCAAUCAGUAUGGAUCCUGAAAGACAACCAUUACUUUCUCAAGGCACAGAUUUAAGAUGCAGAAGAUUUGGACCACUAACUCAAGAAGAGGUCCAAACAGCGCGCCAGGAGAUCACAUGGCGAAGAACUCGAUUCUUCCUCGUCCUAAUGUUCUGGGCCUUAAUAGCUAUGUUCCUGUCCAUCAUCACAUGUAUCCUGGUGACUGCUCCGAAGUGCAACCCCUAUGAUGCUGUAGGGAAUCUACCAGCUGUUCCGCCAGUACACAUGACUUUUGCACCCUUGAUUUAUAGGAUGAAAGAGGAUAAUGUUUAUACUUUGUAGAAUAGUGGGUGUUUAGGGUAAAUAGUUGGUAUUAUAUGUAGAUGGAUAUUUAAGCAAAGCAGGGGGCUUACUCCGGUUCUCGAAUCCGAAGUUUCGUUUAAUCUUCGGCCGUAGGUUUUAUUCAUUUACUAAUAGAAUAACUUGAAAUAACGUUUCAUUUUUAAUUUCAUAUAAAAAUCUUUUUCAUUCGUUCAUUUUUGUUCACGAAAGUUCGCAAUAAAUAGAAUUGUAGUACCGUAUGCAAUCCGCGAAGUUUUUUCGUUCGUUCGUUGAAUUAGAGUAGGCCCCCAGAUGCGAAUUAAAGCUAGAGAGCGCCCUAAAUAGGCAUUUUUAAAGGUUGCUUUUGGGAGACUCGUAAUAAGGUUAUGAAUCAAAGAUCUCUGCACGUACAUAGUUGGAAAGAGAUACACGCAACUGUUGGAAUGUAUUUGCGUCCCUUUUUAAUAAUACUCGAGAAAAUUCUCUGCUUAUAUACUGUAUUUAUUUAUAUAUCGCUCACCUAGUAAUAUAUUGGCACAUCUGCAAAAAAUGCGAAAUUGACUUUAUAUGGUAUACGUGUUUAAAAGUGCAUAUUAAUCUAUUUAUUACCAUAUUCAUCGAGAGACGUCGUAAAAGUGUCAUUAUACCAUUAUUGUAGUUUCCCCCCUCACGCACGUAAAACAACGGUUCAUUGGUCAGUAAACUAAAAACUAAACAAGUCAGGUAAACUAUGAAAA